AUGGCUGCCAUCCAGUCCAUCAAGGUGUUGGAGAAAUGCCAGGUCUCUCCACCUGCAACUUCAAUCGAGCAAAAGUCUCUUCAGCUUACUUUCUUCGAUGUCAUGUGGCUGUACUUCCGUCGUCCCUCCCGUCUCUUAUUUUAUGAAUUCCCCCAUCCAGUUAUCCUCCUCACAGAAAGCAUCAUUCCCAACCUCAAAAACUCACUCUCCCUCGCCCUCCAACACUUCUACAUUCUUGCCGGAAACCUAACGCAGCUUCUUCCAUCCACUGAACCCGAGCUCCGCUAUGUUAAUGGUGACUCAAUCUCGCUUACCAUUGCUGAAUCAAGUGACGAUUUCAAUUAUCUCUGCGGUCACCAUCCUCGCGAUGAGAAUCGAUUCCACCCUCUGGUUCCUCAACUACCAUCACUCUCCGACUCCCAAACAGUCCCACUGUUAGCCAUACAAGUGACCUUGUUUCCCAACUCUGGCUUCAGCAUCGGAAUUACUUCAAGCCAUGUGGUUGCUGAUGGAAGAAGCCUUUUCCAUUUCAUUAGGUCGUGGGCAACUGUAUGUAGGCUUGGAGGGGAUUCACCUUUGUCGUCCGCAUCGCUUCCAUUCUAUGACAGAACUGUGAUUGAUGACCCUGAUGGUCUUAUUAAAACAGUUUGGCGCAAGGAAAUUGAAAAUUUGAAGCCCAACAAAGGGAAAUCCUCCUCCUCCUCCUCUAAACAAAGCUCCAACUCCGAAGUUGUCCCAACUGAAAGUAGAGUUCCUAAAGCCACUUUUGUGGUGAGCCGAGAGGAAAUUGACCACCUGAAGCAAUGGGUCUUGGCAAGACAAAGGAAGGACGAAGAUCAGAAUGUAGCAGCACCAUUGCAUCUCUCAGCUUUCGUAGUAAUGUGUGCUGUCACCUGGGUUUGUUUGAUUAAGGCAGGAGCGACGAAGGAUUCUCCUAAUAAAGAGAUGGAGCACUUCAUAUUUAGCGUAGAUUGUAGAGAUCGCUUAAGGGAUCCUGCAGUGCCAGCUACGUACAUGGGCAAUUGUGUUGCUCCUGGCUACGCAGAUGCAAAGAAGAGUGAUUUAACAGGAGAAGAUGGCAUUGUUAUUGCGGCAAAGGCGAUUUCUGAUGGGAUAAAGAGGUUUGAAGAUGGACUAGUGUUGAGGGGUGGAGAGUGGUGGAUAUCAGAGGUGAAUCAGGUGAUCUUGCGUUGUAGGGAGGGAAUGGUUACGGUGGCGGGAUAUCCCAGGUUUGGGGUUUAUGAGAUGGAUUUUGGGUGGGGGAAACCAAACAAGUAUGAAACAAUAGGAAUGGGUGAGGGACAUUUUUCUCUUUAUGAUAGCAGAGAUGGAAAAGGGGCAGUUGAGGUGGGGUUGGCUCUGCCUGCGCUCAAAAUGGAGGCUUUCUCAACUUUCUUUGCCCACAGUCUCAAGGUCGACUGCAAUGGUUGGGGAGGGGGGGAUCGGGAUUGGCCACAUCAAGGGGCUAGUACUGUAUAG